AUGAAGGCAGACGAGCUCAAGGCCAUUACGCCCAACUUGGGCAAGGACUUCAAGUCCAUCGAGCCCCAUCUGGUCGCCCUCGACAAGCACUUGACACUACGAACUUACCUCGACGGCUACCAGCUCGGUGAGAACGACAAGGCCAUCUGGACUACUCUGCGCACCAACCGAGCCGCUGCCUCUUACAUCAUCAAGGGAGCCCUCGCCAACCUGCUCCGGUGGUACGCCUUCGUCGACGCCACACACCCCGAGAUCCAGGAGUCUAUCAAGGCGGACGAGGCCGAGAAGAAGAAGAAGACUGCUGCCGCCAGUAAGGCUGGAGGCAACUUCAACCUUGCUCUCCAAGACACCGAGAACGGCAUCGUCACCAGAUUCCUGCCUGAGCCUUCAGGUUACCUGCACAUUGGACACGCGAAAGCCGCCCUCCUUGCCGACUACUUUGGCCAUGUUGCAUACAAGGGCAAACUGCGACUGCGUCUUGACGACACCAACCCGUCCAAGGAGAAGGGGGAGUACCAAGAUGCUAUUAUCGAAGAUCUCGCCCUGAUGGGCAUCACACCCGACCACCUGUCCUACACCUCCGACUACUUCGAGUACCUUUACGACAUGUGCAAGAGGCUGAUUUCUGAGGGCCACGGAUACGCCGAUGACACCGGUGUCGAACAAAUGCGAGACGAGCGGUGGAAGGGCAUCCCCUCCAAGCACCGAGACAUGUCUAUCGAGGAGACGCUGCGUAUCUUCGAGGAGAUGAAGAAGGGGUCCGAGGAGGGUGUCAAGUGGUGCAUCCGCGCCAAGGUAUCCUACGACAACCCAAACAAGGCCAUGAGAGACCCUGUUAUCUACCGAUGCAACCUCGAGGAUGCGCAUCACCGGACUGGGACAACGUGGAAGGCCUACCCCAUGUACGACUUCGCAUGCCCUGUCAUUGACAGCCACGAGGGAGUCACACACGCCUUGCGGUCAACCGAAUACACCGACCGGAACCCUCAGUACCAAUGGUUCAUUGAUACACUGAAGCUGCGCCAGGUUCACAUGUGGGAUUUCGCUCGUAUGAACUUUGUCAAGACGUUCCUGUCCAAGCGAAAACUGGCCAAGCUCGUUGACACCGGCAAGGUCUGGGGCUGGGACGAUCCUCGCAUGCCUACCAUCCGUGGUGUCCGCCGGCGAGGCAUGACCGUGGAGGCUCUGCGCGAUUUCAUCAUCAAGCAGGGCCCCAGCCGAAACGUGACCACCAUGGACUGGACCGUGUUCUGGGCCAACAACAAGAAGGUCAUUGACCCCAUUGCUCCUCGCUUCACCGCUAUUCUGCAGAAGGAUGCCGUCAAGGUCACUAUCAAGGGCGCCGAUGCUCCUGCUCAGCCCACCAGCGAGAGCAAGCCCAAGCACCCAAAGAACAAGGAUGUCGGCACCAAGCAGGUCUUUUUCUCAGACGAGCUGCUGCUGGAUCAGGCCGAUCUGGCACUCAUGAAGCCCGAUGAGGAGAUCACGCUUAUGACCUGGGGCAACGCCUUUGUGCGCUCCCUCGACGGCUCAUCUCCCGUCAAGACUGCCACAUUCGAGCUCAACCUGGCUGGUGACGUCAAGAAGACCGAGAAGAAGGUGACAUGGCUGUCCACCAAGGGCACCACGCUGGUCCCAGCCGAGCUAUGGGACUUCGACUACCUCAUCACCAAGGACAAGCUCGAGGAGGAUGACAACUUGGAGGACUUCCUGAACCCCAACACUAGCACCAUGGAGGAGGCGUGGUGUGAUGAGAAUGUUGCGACCCUCAAGAAGGACGACAUUGUGCAGCUGGAGAGAAGGGGAUACUACCGUGUAGACAAGGGCUUGGCGGACUACAAGGAGGGCGAGGCCAAGAAGGUAGUGUUGUUCAACAUCCCCACUGGAAAGACAGGCGAGGCGCGGCCAAGCAAGUAA